AUGUCAGACUUUGCUUUUAACAAUUAUUGUAUACAUUGUGAUAAAGAAUGUCCAUUAAAUUCAAUAUAUUGUUCAGAUGAAUGUUAUUCCCUAGAGUUGAAACAAUCUUCAAAUGAUAGUAAAUCAAGAAACUCUUCUAAUGCGUCAAUAAGUUCAAAUGAAGCAAAAAAUACGAAUACUACAGAAUCUGAAUUGGUUUCUCCAUUAUUAACACCAGCUUUAUAUUUACAACAACAACAACAACAAAUUCAACAUAUAGAAGAAUCUGAUGAUUAUGAUUUAAAUUAUUUUGAUUUGAAUUAUUCAGUCAAUGCAAAUAUAAAUUAUACAAAAUCAACAACUACAACAUCAAAUAAUUCAAAUCAAGUUUCUCAAGAUUUGUUAAAUUCCACUUCACAUAAUUAUAGAAAAUGGUUAACUACCACUGCUUUAUGA